GAAUCAGGCGCUGGGUUAUUAUUACAUUAUCAAUUGCGUGUUGGAAGUCGUUUCGGAGACGUGUCCUGGUGAAUGAAAAAGUUUUCCAUGUAAAUGUCUUUUAUUUUUUUGACGUCUGGUCUCGUACAGCCCGGCUGACGUAAGGACGUCGUCAGUGGGUGACGCCGUGUCUCUUUGUUGGCUUAGCAGCGGCGACGUUUUGUUGUUAUUUUCGCUGCAACUGAAAAGCAGGCUCGGAUAAUUUUUGGGUUUAUCGUAUUGUUCCUCGAGCGACAUCCCACACACCGUAGAGCCUCUGGUGUGCGUGUCGCGGGUUGAUAACCACCCCAGGAAUGGACUCAGACGAGGGUUAUAACUAUGAAUACGACGACGAGGAGGAGGAAUGUAGCGAGGACAGCGCCGAAGAGGAGCCCGAGGACGACACCCUGGAGCUCGGAGAGGUGGAGUUGGUCGAUCCCGUGGUGGCCGGUGGGGAGCGGGACGAAUGCGGCGAGACAGGCGGAGGCAGCCACGGUCCCGGCGAGGAAGAAGAGGAGGACUACCGCUUUGAGGUUUUGACCGCCGAGCAGAUCCUCCAGCAUAUGGUGGAGUGUAUCAAGGAGGUCAACGAGGUCAUCCAGAAUCCUGCAACAAUAACACGGAUCCUUCUCAGUCACUUCAACUGGGAUAAAGAAAAGCUUAUGGAAAGGUAUUUUGAUGGUAACCUGGACAAGCUUUUCUCUGAGUGUCAUGUCAUUAACCCCAGUAAGAAGCCUCGGAUCCGUCCUCCAAUCAACACUAGAUCAUCGGCACAGGACAUGCCAUGUCAGAUCUGCUAUCUGAACUUCCCCAACUCUUAUUUUACAGGCCUGGAGUGUGGACACAAGUUCUGCAUGCAGUGCUGGGGAGAUUACCUGACCACCAAAAUCAUAGAAGAAGGAAUGGGACAGACCAUUUCUUGUCCCGCUCAUAGUUGUGACAUUUUGGUUGAUGACAACACAGUCAUGCGCCUCAUAACAGAUUCAAAAGUGAAGUUGAAGUACCAGCAUUUAAUUACAAAUAGUUUUGUAGAGUGCAAUCGACUGUUAAAGUGGUGCCCUGCGCCAGACUGCCAUCACGUUGUCAAAGUCCAGUACCCAGAUGCCAAACCAGUGAGGUGCAAGUGUGGUCGUCAGUUCUGUUUCAACUGUGGAGAGAAUUGGCACGAUCCUGUUAAGUGUAAGUGGCUGAGAAAAUGGAUUAAGAAAUGUGAUGAUGACAGUGAAACGUCAAACUGGAUUGCAGCAAAUACUAAGGAGUGUCCAAAAUGCCAUGUGACCAUUGAGAAAGAUGGUGGCUGCAAUCAUAUGGUUUGUCGGAACCAGAACUGCAAAGCUGAGUUCUGCUGGGUGUGCCUUGGUCCAUGGGAACCCCACGGCUCAGCCUGGUACAACUGCAAUCGCUACAAUGAAGAUGAUGCCAAGGCAGCCAGAGAUGCCCAAGAGCGCUCCAGGGCAGCCUUGCAGAGGUACCUAUUCUACUGCAACCGCUACAUGAACCACAUGCAGAGCCUGCGCUUUGAGCACAAGCUCUAUGCUCAGGUCAAGCAGAAGAUGGAGGAGAUGCAGCAGCACAACAUGUCCUGGAUUGAGGUGCAGUUUCUGAAGAAGGCUGUGGAUGUGCUGUGCCAGUGCCGCUCCACACUCAUGUUCACUUACGUCUUUGCCUUCUACCUCAAGAAGAACAACCAGUCCAUUAUUUUUGAGAACAACCAGGCAGACCUGGAAAAUGCCACUGAGGUGCUGUCUGGCUACCUAGAGCGGGACAUAUCCCAGGAUUCCUUGCAGGAUAUCAAGCAGAAAGUACAAGAUAAGUACAGAUACUGUGAGAGCAGGCGAAGAGUGCUGCUACAGCACGUGCAUGAAGGCUAUGAGAAGGACCUGUGGGAGUACAUUGAGGAUUGAGGACACGUCCCAAUGCAACGGACUCUUGAGUAUCUUGACAAACUAGAGCGCUGAUGCAAUUUAACAGGGCAGCACUGGCCUUCUGCCACCUUCCUUUGGCAAAACAACCACUUUUGCAUCAUUUUUCCUGGAUUUGUUUAACAAAAUCUUAAAAGUAAAUUAUAUUUAAAUAAAAGGUAGAGUAAUAAAAAGAAAGUGUACUACAGUAUUGUUAGCAACAGAGUGGAGUCUUGAGAAAGCAGAAAAUCCAUCUUAAACAAAUACAUCUUUUUGGCUUGUAUUGUAACACCUCCCCUGAACUAUCUUAUUUUCCUCUGUUUUUUGCUUGUGAAUCUUUUCUGUUUUGAUUUUGACUUUUGUUUUCCCAUUAGUGUGAAAAUGUUUUCAAUACAGCUUUAAUUGUCCUGGCCAUGUCUGCUAUAUGUGGUGAGAUCCUUGUCUGGGUGGCUGAAUGUUAAUAGGCUGAUUGCAAAGGGGCAAAGACAUUUCAGGGGGGUGGGGAGAAAAAAACAUCAUAGAACAAAAUAGCAAGUCUGUAUUUUUCAAUUUGUAAAUAGUCCUUAUGCAUGGAAGUUAAAGAGCAAGAGUGGCACGUGUUUGCAUAAUUUUGAAAUUUUGAAAUAUUUAUUCUUUACCAAUAUUGAUAAAGGUGUACUUGCCAUGUAGGUUGAGUCUGUGUGAUCCCUCCACAGUUUGUGGGGGUUUGGUUUUUGGCAAUAAGGCAUUCGCCAUAUCAUCCUCAGUCUCUUCCCAGCUGUGCACAAGUUACACCUUAUCAUUGGAUCUAAAUGGGGACUGAUAGAAAGAAUUUCUCUUAGUUGCCAAGCGAUCAGAUAAAGGAUUCAGUUUUACAGUGCAAAGGAAAGGUCGUACGCACCGGUUCCGUGCCCCUCUAUUCUAACCGUUUGCUGUACCCUCUUAGUUGUUGUUAGAGGUGUUUAACAUAUAAGAAGAUUACUAAUUAUUUGCAAGAGCCAAACUGAGUGACAUUCACUCUUCUUUUUUUUUUUUUUCUUUGUUUCUUUCUUUUUCUCUCCUCCCAACAUGGCUUGGAGUAGCCCUCUUAAAGCAAAGCUUGCACCUUGGGGAUUGAAGGAGGGUAAUAGAAUGCACUGACAGCACAGCUUUGUAGUGCUGCUAAUUGGGCUGGAUCACUGUCAAACAGGGUCAGGCAUUUGCAUUACUCUUGCAGGGAAGACUUGGACGGGAUGGGGCUGACGAUGGCCGCACCUCUUUGAAGCGAUCUCUCUCCUUGCAGUGAGACUGAACAUUGCUUUAAACAGAGCUACACAGAUGGACUUGCGUGAUUCUUUGGCAGAUGAGGAAUAUAGGGCAAACUUCUAAAGGUUGUAGGACUGUUUUAUAACGCUGAUAUGCUUUUGCAUUAAAGACUUUUUUUUUUUCGCACAUAGGUUGAGGAUUCGACAUUGAAAUGUCAGUGCCCCUCCAGGUUUUGCAUUGUGGUGGUUGCUCUGGUUGUCAAGCUCUAUGCUUGUGGAUGCUUGUUCAUGUCUCUGGAAUAUGGCAGUCUUCACAAGAUUGACUGGAGGGGGCAUGAAUACACAGGCACUGAUACAAGUCAGGAGAUGACACCAAAGUGUCAGCCAUCAUUAAAACACAUCCUUUGUCCCAGUUUCCGAUCUUUGGGGAAUUCUCUCCCAAAUGCUUCUUAUGUGUUAAAACUCAUUAUUUUAUCCUAGCAAAUUAUAAACUGUAUUGUUUAUUUGAAUAAAUGUCAUGAGAAAUCUCA